UUUGAUGGUCUCUUCACAUGGACGUGCAUAACAUUUGGUGCUGAAGACCUGGGACAGGGGACUCCUUCAGGAGACUGGUCCCCUGUCCUUGCCCUCACUGCGUGAGGAGAUCCACCUAUGACCUCACGUCCUCAGACCAGCCCAAGGAACAUCUCACCAAUUUUAAAUCAGGUCUCUACCAUCUACCAGUCCUGUGCUAGGUACCUUGUGCCUAUUAACUUUCAUUGUUUUGCUGCAAGGUGUGUGUCAUCAGCCCUUUGAAAAGAAGAAGAAAUGAGUCAGAUUCAACUGCACAUCAUGACAGAUGUUCCAGCUACAUUUACCCAGGCUGAAUGUAAUGGGGAUAAACCACCUGAAAACAGUCAACAAACAAUCACUAAAAUUAGUGAGGAACUGACUGAUGUGGACAGCCCCCUGCCACACUACAGGGUAGAACCCAGUCUCGAAGGUGCACCCAGCAAAGGACAUCAGGAGGAAAGAAGAAAAUUACAAGGGAACAUGCUGCUCAACUCAUCCAUGGAGGAGAAAAUUCUAAAAGAAAACUCAGAAGAGAAAUUCUUUAUUGUUCAUAAGGCUAUCACAGAUCUUUCUCUCCAAGAAACAAGUGCUGAUGAAAUGACAUUCAGAGAAGGGCAUCAGUGGGAGAAGAUUCCUUUGAGUGGCAGUAACAAGGAAAUAAGAAGACAGGAGAGGAUUGCUGAGCAACCUCUUGAAGAGGAAGAAGAUGAGGACAGGAAGAACAAAGGUCACCAGGCAGCUGAAAUUGAAUGGCUGGGAUUUCGAAAACCUAGCCAAGCUGACAUGUUACAUUCUAAACAUGAAGAGGAGCAGAAGGUUUGGGAUGAAGAAAUUAAUGAUGAUGAUGAUGAUGAUGAUAAUUGUAAUGAUGACGAAGAUGAAGUUCGAGUGAUAGAAUUUAAGAAAAAACAUGAAGAGGUUUCUCAAUUUAAAGAGGAAGGUGAUGCAAGUGAGGACUCCCCACUGAGCAGUGCCAGUUCCCAAGCUGUGACACCUGAUGAGCAGCCAAUCUUAGGGAAGAAGAGUGAUAUCUCCAGAAAUGCUUAUUCCAGAUACAAUACAAUAUCCUAUCGAAAAAUCAGAAAGGGAAAUACCAAGCAAAGAAUUGACGAAUUCGAGUCUAUGAUGCAUUUAUAAACUAACUGGAACUGAAAACGUCUCACGCCCACUAAAGGAAAAGCUAAUUCUAUUGUCCCAGGGUGCAUAUUUCUAUGCCUUUUUUGAGUUAUCACCUGGGGGGAGGUGGAAGUUGACUCUCUUUUUCACUGUAGAAUAAUGUGGAAAUAACUCUAGGUAAAAUUCAGUCUGAUAACCUCAAAUCAAAAAGCUUUAAAUUCAUUCUUGGGCAUUUGUCUUUUAAAACUUCACUAAUAUAGCAUUGUGUGAUCAGCACUAAGCAGUCAGUCCCCUGGGGGAAUCUGGCAUAAUUUGGCUAUCAAUGUAGCAAUGCUUGGAAAGGUGGUCAUCAAAUGAGACUAUUUGAGGGGACUAUUUGAAAUGAUUCCUGUGUUUCUUUUGGUGUCUUCCUUUGUACAUUGGAGUGAUGGAAAGUCUGGUAUUAAAACCUUUCUUACUUUUAAACAUGGUUUUACAGAUUCUGGCAAUAAGCCUUCCAAAAUUCUGCGCCUUUUCUAUUAUCACCAAACAAGAUUUUAAGUGGCUUUCCUUGGCAUCUACAGAGAGAAAAUUCUAUAGCCAUCCUUCCUAGGUGUUACCAUUCACUGAAUCUUCUCACAGAGGGAGAUGAGCAAUUGUCAGUCAGGAGAAUUCUGUUUGCUAAAUGUUGCCUUUAUGCUUUCAAACUGAAUUAAACCCAUUGUGAGGUUGACACUGGGAGGGGCUAGAAGAUUGGUGGGCAGCAGACUAAAGAGUUAUGUUGGAUAGUUUUAUUUCUGUGGCUGAAAAUAAAAUCUUGUCUAGCACAGUUAAAGUCAUUAAAAAUAAAAAUGACAGCUUUAGCACAAUUUUAAGAAAAUGCCCCUCUCUAUUACCACAUUUUCUCUUAUUAACAGUAUCUCAGAAUAAUUUUCUUUCCUUAGAAACCUGAGACAACGCUAGUCAUAACUGUACUAGUUACUAUGAAAAUGGAAAUAAUUAUCUUAGAAUAUUUUCAAAGUAGAGCGUGAGCAUGUAUUUUUAGUGAGAGAGCUCUGAUAGUUGUUGGGAAUAUAUAAUUUACUGGACCUCAGCCCAAAUCAAGAUGCUUAAAAUUGUACUUGUGGAGCUUCACUCAAACCAAUGUGUCAAAUAACGUAUUGAAUAUUUAUGAAAAGAGAGACUAUAUUUAUAUUCUUAGAUAGUUUGUUCCACAAUUUUUCAUUUCAUGCUUCCAUAUAUAUUACCCUGAACUUUCUAUCACCACAGAUAAAGAUUUUGUUUUGCCCUGCAAAUAAAAAGACAAUUCCUUAUUGUCUGAAUGUAA